CUCCGGGUGGGAGAGAUGAGUAUGCUCAGGCUUCAGAAGAGGCUUGCCUCCAGUGUCCUCCGCUGUGGCAAGAAGAAGGUCUGGUUGGACCCCAACGAGACCAAUGAAAUUGCCAAUGCCAACUCCCGUCAGCAGAUCCGAAAACUGAUCAAAGAUGGGCUGAUCAUCCGGAAGCCCGUGACUGUCCAUUCCCGAGCUCGGUGCCGGAAAAACACUUUGGCCCGCCGGAAGGGCAGGCAUAUGGGCAUUGGUAAGAGAAAAGGUACUGCCAAUGCUCGGAUGCCUGAGAAGGUAACCUGGAUGAGGAGAAUGAGAAUUCUGCGCCGGCUGCUCAGAAGAUACCGUGAAUCUAAGAAGAUUGACCGUCACAUGUAUCACAGCCUGUACCUGAAAGUGAAGGGUAACGUGUUCAAAAACAAGCGGAUUCUCAUGGAACACAUCCACAAACUAAAGGCAGACAAGGCUCGCAAGAAGCUGCUGGCUGACCAGGCUGAGGCCCGCAGGUCUAAGACCAAGGAGGCUCGCAAGCGCCGUGAAGAGCGGCUCCAGGCCAAGAAGGAAGAGAUCAUCAAGACUCUGUCUAAGGAGGAAGAGACCAAGAAAUAAAACUCCCUCUCUCUCGUCUGUACAUAGUGGCCUUGGCGACAACACGGAUCCAGUUACUCAAUAAAACAGUCCUUUAUCUGCCUC